GUCAUACGUUGUGCUCCGGUCUGGAUCUCCGUGGAACUGAACUGUUUUACAAAGCAAACUUUACCGCGUGGCGACAACCUCUAGGCGUGUACGACAGGCCUUCGGGUCCACUCCGAACACCAACUGGAGUCUGUAAUUUUCAGUUUGCAAACUGUUCUCGAGGCUGGUGAACAGCCACGCUCUGUAUCCAAGAGCUGAGGACAGCAUCAGCACACACUGUCUGCCAGCAGACUGAGAUGGGACGGACAUCUAAGGAUAAACGGGAUGUCUACUACCGCCUGGCCAAGGAGAAUGGCUGGCGGGCCCGAAGCGCUUUCAAGCUCCUGCAACUGGAUGAGGAAUUCCAACUCUUCAAAGGUGUGAAGCGAGCGGUUGACUUGUGUGCAGCCCCAGGCAGCUGGAGCCAGGUGCUGAGCCAGAAGGUUGGGGGCCAGGGUUCUGGUCAGGUGGUGGCCGUGGACUUACAGGCUAUGGCUCCACUGCCAGGUGUGAUACAGAUACAGGGCGACAUCACUCAGCUUUCCACUGCCAAGGAGAUCAUCCAGCACUUUGAAGGCUGCCCUGCUGACCUAGUAGUGUGUGACGGGGCUCCUGAUGUCACUGGUCUCCAUGAUGUGGAUGAGUACAUGCAGGCCCAGCUUCUGCUAGCUGCUCUCAACAUCGCUACUCAUGUCUUGAAGCUAGGGGGCUGCUUCGUGGCCAAGAUAUUCCGAGGCCGGGAUGUGACCCUGCUCUACAGCCAACUACGUAUCUUCUUCUCCAGUGUGCUCUGCGCUAAGCCCAAGAGCAGCCGGAACUCUAGCAUUGAGGCCUUUGCUGUGUGUCAGGGUUAUGACCCUCCUGAGGGCUUCAUUCCAGACCUGACCAGACCCCUGCUGAACCACUCAUAUGAUACAGAUUUCAACCAGUUGGAUGGUCCCACCCGUGUUAUUGUGCCCUUUGUGGCCUGUGGGGACCUCAGCGCCUACGAUUCGGACCGCACUUACUCUCUGGAUCUAGACGGUGGCUCUGAGUACAAAUAUACUCCACCCACACAGCCCCCCAUCGCACCCCCAUACCAAGAGGCCUGCAGGUUGAAGAAGAAUGGACAGCUGGCCAAGGAACUCCUCCCCCAAGAAUGCUCCAUCAACAGUGUGGACAAGUUGCCCCAGCCUCUGGCUAUCCAUACCCUGCUAGACCCCAAGGUGGAAGACAAUGAAAUUCAUUGUUGACCUUAACACAUUAAGAGUUUGCAGGAAAAAUCAAACUAAUACAGCCCAAAAGCUGCUGCCUGCCAAGACAACUAGAAGCUGGCUUGAUGAGUUUGUUUGCAGAUGUCAUCUAUGGGGACUGAACAGACCGACCUAGAGUGAGAAUCUAUAACACCUCCAUCAUGACAAAGAAAUGGUGAAGAAGUCCUCAGAACUGCAGGAAGGAUUUGUUGAGACUGUGAGCACAUUCCUCUUCUCCAAACCUCUCCUGGAAUGUCCUAGAAGGCCCAGGAAUUCCCCCAAAGCACUGGUUCUUCCUAUGGUCAAACGUCAGCAACCUCCACCAAACAUGAUGGAGGAAAGCGUGAAUGUUGUCACUAUGACGGAAGUUCAGCUUUAGUCCCAGUUAACAAAUAUUGGCAAUAAAUCAAAACAGGAAAAACCCUACAUAUGCACGUUGCUUACUUUUUUAUAUGACAGUUCACAGACAUCUGAAAUACUGCUCAUAUUUCUCACCACUUUGAAUGAUAGUUGAUUUUAUAAAUUAAUCCUAUAAUUAGACAUCUCAUCUAUUACCGCAUCCCAAUUGGGUGAUUGGCUGGGCAGGUAUUUGUAAGACAUCCUCCCAUAUAGGCUACACCGCCCUUAAAACUCAAAAUCCUCCUGUGUCAGUUCCCUGAGUGCUGAGAUUACAGGCCUGUGCCACCAAACCUAGCUACUGUCUUCCAGUUUUAUUCAAAUGUAAGGUGAUAACUGUAUUUCAGCAUAGUCUGCUUUCCUCAUCAUUCAGACGUGUUUGUGUGCAUAUGCAGGUGUGCCUUCAAAGACGUCCUGUGAUGGGCUGAGGAUGCGGAUGCGGUAGGUAGGUCCUUGCCUCGUAUGCAUAAGGCCCUGGGUUCCAAUUUCACUAGCACACACACAAAGCCUGAUAGUUGGAUGUAGUACUACCACCACCUAUAGUCCUAGCUACUUGGGUGCCUAAAAUGAAAACCCUCAAGCCUAGAACUGCAAGGCCAAUGUGGACAGUAUAGCUAGGCCCUUUUCAAAAACAAAACAAAGCAAAACAAAAGGUGAAGCCAAAUGUAGUAGUACUAUAAUCCCAGAUUUCCAAAGGAUUUCUCAAACAAUUUUUGCUCUAGUUUUGCUUUAUUUUGUUGAGAAAGGGUCUCAUGUAGCCAAGGCUGGCCUCAAACUCACUGUAUACCCAAGAAUGACAUUGAAAUACAGAUCCAAGCUGAGCGUGGUGGCGCACGCCUUUAAUCCCAGUACUCGGCAGGCAGAUUUCUGAGUUUGAGGCCAGCCUGGUCUACAAAGUGAGUUCCAGGACAGCCAGGGCUACACAGAGAAACCCUGUCUCAAAAAACAAAAAAACAAAACAAAAAAAAAACAAAAAAAAAAAAACAAAGAAACAGAGAUUCUCCCUCCCAUCCGUACCUCCCAAGUCCACAUUAAAGGCAUGUUUCGCGAUGCCUGAUUUUACCAGACCAAAGUUUUUUAGGUUGACAGUCUUUUCUUCACGCUUAGCUAACAUGUACAAGUCCUUGAAUUGUAUGCCCAGCACUACCAGUAUAAGCGGGUGUGGGAGGGAGACUUGUUUUCUAGUCUCCCUAGAGCCCGACAGGCAGCAGCUGACAUGCACGCCCUAAGCUACAGGGUGCCGUCUUCUGUGGCCUAAUCCAAUGUCUUUACAAACCCUCGUAUUCCUGUGCGCCUGCACUUUGGUCUCUGACCACGCCUCUCUCUGUGAUGCCCGGAAUGUCUGCACCCCACUCUGUCUAGAGGUGUUCACACUACAAUGGUUUAAUCCAAGAUGAUGAUUUUCAUUCCAAUCAAUGUGACCACAGGAAUGUCCACAGCCCAGGCUAUCUGACCUCAGGAAUGCAUGUCUGGAGGGUCCACAGGAAGGGCAUUCAAUCACAGAUGCUUCUACGCCCACACCCAUUGCCACAGCAACUCCGCAGUGCCCGGGAAAGAGCUCCACAAGUGUCCCUGUUCUGGGCUUUGACUCUUAGGAGUUGUAUCGGUGGGGCAAGUGAUCCAGGCAAAGGAAGGGGAAACCUUGUGCUUGCCCUAUUCCAUGAGCAGCACGCAGAGAUGAGGGAUGGAGCUGGAACAGUCAACCUGAGGACCAGUGGUGCGACAUGAGAUCAGAGAGGGCCUAUAGGAGGAGCAAGAAAUGCCUGAAUGGAACCCAAUAGC